AUGUCACUCAGGAUUCGGUAUUUCAUUCAUUCUUUCUUUCUUUUUUCUCAUCUAUAUAGUUCCAUUCUUUCUUUCUUUCUUUCUUUCUUUCUUUCUUUCUUUCUUUCUUUCUUUCUUCUCAUCUAUAUAGUUCCAUGCAUUCAUUCAUUCAUUCUUUCUUUCUUUCUUUCUUUCUUCUCAUCUUUCCAUUCAUUCUUUCUUUCUUUCUUUCUUUCUUUCUUUCUUUCUUAUCUAUAUAGUUCCAUGCAUUCAUUCAUUCUUUCUUCCUUCCUUCUCAUCAAUUUUCAUUCAUUCUUUCUUUCUUUUUUUCUCAUCUAUAUAGUUCCAUUCUUUUUUCUUUCUUUCUUUCUUUCUUUCUUUCUUUCUUUCUUUUUUCUUUCUUCUCAUCUAUAUAGUUCCAUUUAUUCAUUCAUUCAUUCUUUCUUUCUUUCUUUCUUUCUUCUCAUCUUUCCAUUCAUUCUUUCUUUCUUUCUUUCUUUCUUUCUUUCUUUCUUUCUUUCUUUCUUUCUUAUCUAUAUAGUUCCAUGCAUUCAUUCAUUCAUUCUUUCUUUCUUUUUUCUCAUCUAUAUAUUUCUGUCUUUCUUUCUUUCCGUCACAUGUCCUGCAUUUUUCUCGUCCAUUUUUAUUCUUUCCUCAACACUUUUCCCUAACACCAUUGUUCUAUCUUUUUAUUUUUUAUUUUCCACUUUUUUUCAUUUUUUUCAAGUUCUCCUUUCCUCUCUCUCAAAUUUUUAUCUUUACUUCUUUUUUUUUGUUUCCUGUUUCUUCUUUCUCUUAAUGUUUUUCGCUCUUCCUUCGUUCUUUCUUUCUUUCUUUCUUUCUUUCUUUCUUUCUUUCUUUCUUUCUUUCUUUCAUUCUUUCUUUUUUCCUUCGUUAAUUCUUUCUUUCAUACUUUCUUUCUUUCCUUUCUUUCUUUCUUUCUUUCUUUUAGUUCUCAUACUUUUCUUUCUCAAUCUCUCUUUCUUUUUUCUUUCUUUAUUUUUCUUUCUUUCUUUUUCUUUCUUUCUAUUCAUUAUAUCUAAUACUAUGUCAUCAUUUCUUUUAAGUUGUCUUUUCUUCUUUCUUCUUUCUCCUCAUCACUUCUUUCCCUUUCUUUCUUUCUUUCUUUCUUUCUUUCUUUCUUUCUUUCUUUGCUCUAAAACUUUCACUUUCCCUAUCUUCUUCAUUACUAGUUGUAAUAUUCCUUGCGAUUUUCUCUUUCUUUCUUUCUUUCUUUCUUUCUUUCUUUCUUUCUUUCUUUCUUUCUUUCUUUCUUUUGUGAUAUUUUAUUUGUCUUCUCCGUAUUCUUCGUUAUUCGUUUUAAUUAUUCGUUCCCGACUUUCUUUAUUUCUUUCUCUCUCCAUUCUUUCUUUCUUUCUUUCUUUCUUUCUUUCUUUCUUUCUUUCUCACUCUAAUUCUCUCUCUCACUUUCUUUCUUUUUCUCUAUCUCUUUCUUUCUUUCUUUCUUUCUUUUUUCUCUUUCUCUCUCUCUUUCUUUAA